AGACAGAAGCCGAUUUUUUUGGUUUGUCGUAACCGAUUUAAAAAUGGCAAAUACAGAAGAAGAAUUUUCUCUCAAGGAAGUUCUGGUCCACUUCAAGUCCUGCUUGCUGGAUGAUGAUAAAGAUGUUCUUCUGGAGCAUUACCUGAAUGGUUGGAAAGGAUUGGUUAGGUUUAUGAACAGUCUCGGAAGUAUUUUUUCAUUUGUAUCAAAGGAUGCUGUGAGUAAAAUUCAGAUCAUGGAAAACUACUUGAAGGGGGAAAGUGGAGAGAGGUAUCGGUCUCUCCAGUCCAUGAUUGAGUAUGAGUUAAGUGGUAACCUAGUGGAUUUAACACAACGCUCUGGUCACCCCGACUCUGGCUGCCGCACAUUACUGCGCCUGCAUCGUGCUCUGCGUUGGUUACAACUGUUUUUGGAGAAGUUAAGAACAAGUAGUGAAGAUAGCAAGACCUCCACCUUAUGCUCAGAGGCUUACAAUGACUCUUUGGCCAACUACCACCCCUGGAUCAUACGCAAAACCGCAUCUGUUGCCUUUCUUGCUCUCCCAGUUCGUAACAAGUUCUUUGAGGUGAUGAAUGUUGGAACUCCAGAAGAAGUGGUAGACAUGCUUGGGGAGGCCCUUCCCUAUGUGUCCAAAGUAUAUGACUUUACGGAGGAGCAGUACUCGCAACACAACCUGCUGAACCUACCUUAAAACAUCAUAAACGUCAAAAUAUGAAUAUAGGUUAUCACACAAAUAAAAUGAUGUAUGUGUGAAUAUCAUGAUUCCUGCCAGGUGCUCAGAAGCUUAUUGUAACAAACGAGCCUUUUACAGUCUGGUUGUAAAUGUACUUUUCCCAUUGAUUCCUAGGCUGCUAAAGCCUGCUUUUGAAAUGUCAUAUGUGUUGUCACUGAUAGGUAUUGAACAUGCAGUCAUAAAAUGGACACGGACCAAAGGUCUUUCUUUUAAUGGAACUUUUUUUUAAUUAAAGUGUUUACAUUAUAGUUCUUACCUCUUGUUCCUUAUGAAUUUAUGUAUCAAAAUUUUUUUGGAAGAAAUGGAAGUGAAGUUUAUUUAUUAAAAUGUGGAUUGAUGGGAGUUGAUAACCAAACUGCAAAAAAAAUAGCUGAUUUGGAAAAGAUUCUCCAACUGUGCCAUAGUCAUGUCUUGUCUUAUGAUAACCUAAAUUUUGCACAUUUGUUUUCAAUUCACUACAGUUUAGUGAAUAUACCCCCAUUAUGACCAUACCCUUACCUCUGGGAACACGUGUCAAGCUCCAUUUUCUCAACUAAGCUGAUAAAACAACAGUUAGAAUAAUACACUGCUUUCUGACACAAUGUAGGGCCCUAAAAGUACGAUUUUUAGAUGACUACUUGUUAAAAAGCCCUAUGUCUUGGUAUAAAAAAAGGGAAGAGUUUUAAUAAAAUAUUUUGGGAUUCUAUAAACUAAGGGCUACAUUGGCACAUAUGGGAUAGUUUCUGAAAAUUUGGGCAUUACUGGGUCUUUUUUAAUGUGACUCACCUGCUGUACUUUAAUGGAACACUUAAAACACCAUAACCGUGGUCAAACUGUUUUAGGAUGGUCUGCCAGGUGCUGUUCCCUUCUUUCACUACAGCCAACAGCUUUUAAGCUUCUGUUAGCUGUCCUGGACUAAACAAUGCAGGGCUAGCUCAUUGGCUGAGACAGGGAGCUUCCAGCUCUCUGUAGAAUGUAUUGGAGAAGGGGAGUGCUGCCUAUCCCAAAUAAGAAUUCACACUGUUCUAAAACAGAAUGGGGGGGAGCUUCAGUGCAUUAUUUGCACCAUAACUGUAUGAAUGCAUUAUAGUGGUUACAGGGCUUGAAGUGAUUCUUUAACGCUGGUUAGCGUUGUAGAACUAUGAACAGCUUUAGGAAUGUUAUAGGGAGAUCUCUAAAACAAAGAAUGCUGUAACUUGUGAUUCAAUUUAUUUAUGCCAAACACAUUUGUCUGUACCUCCUGUUCAAUGAAAUGUUUACUUGAAUAUACUCGAAUAAAGCACUAUGCUGGUGAUACAGAAUACCCAGCAGUCA